AAAAGAAUAAAUAAAACGCAUAAAAAAUAAAAAAAGAGUUAACAAAAGAAUUUUAAUGCAAUAUCCGCUUCCGUUUUAUAAACUUCCGUACACUUGUUUGGUAGCAUUGUCUGUCACCUUUGAGAAUUUGUGUACGUUGCGUUUGUUUAUUUCCCUUUUUCCUUUUGUUUUGCUUUUCACUUCAAUAAAAUUAUGCAAAGUGGUUUUUGUGUUUAUAUAACUAAUUCAACUAGAUCUUAGAUAAAACUUGUACAAUCCCGAGGGCAGUGGAUUUUGAGAGCAUUAAAAAAAAAAAAAAAGAAUUAAAUUUUAAAUACCAUUGAUCUUGAAGAAAUAAAUAAAUCAGUGAACAACCGAACUUUGAUAAAAACAAAUCAUAACAACGUGCGUGAAUAAUUCAUAUAUGCAGGUUUUCUGAUCGAGUCUUGUGUUGAAAUAAUCUGCUUACAACUGUUACAACUUGUCAAAAUUAAGAAAUGCUCUUGAAUUGGUUAACAAGAUGAUAAAUCGAAGUUAUUGCCCCUGUUGUCUACAAUAUAUGAUAAAAUUGUGUUUGCAUUUAAAGAGCCAGCAAUACAACAUUAUACGAUGGCAUCUGUUUGUAAUAUUUUUAUUAUGCAAUUGUAUAGAUUUUUGCAUUUCCAACAAACUCUACUCCUCCUCCACUUACUACGCAUCUGCUGCUGCUGCUGCUGCUGCUGCCGCUACCGGUCUUGCAUCGUCUUCUACUAUAUCGGUCACCGCAGUCAGUGCAUUCGAACCGGAUUUUGUUAUACCAUUGGAAAAUGUAACUGUGGCACAAGGGCGUGAUGCCACUUUUACAUGUGUCGUUAAUAAUUUGGGUGGUCAUAGGGUGAGUGGCGAUUCGACACCAGCUCGGGUGGCUUGGAUUAAAGCGGACGCCAAAGCAAUUUUAGCAAUUCAUGAACAUGUGAUAACGAACAACGAUCGAUUAUCGGUGACACAUAACGAUUACAAUACAUGGACACUAAAUAUACGUAACGUCAAAAUGGAGGAUGCCGGCAAGUACAUGUGCCAAGUUAAUACAGAUCCAAUGAAAAUGCAAACAGCUAUGCUGGAAGUUGUUAUACCGCCCGACAUUAUUAAUGAAGAGACAUCCGGUGACAUGAUGGUACCCGAAGGCGGCUCAGCCAAAUUAGUAUGCCGUGCUCGCGGUCAUCCGAAACCAAAAAUCACAUGGCGUCGCGAAGAUGGUCGAGAAAUUAUUGCAAGAAACGGUGCCCAUCAAAAAACGAAAGCGCUGGCUGUUGAAGGUGAAAUGCUCACCUUAUCGAAAGUUACACGCUCUGAAAUGGGCGCAUAUAUGUGCAUUGCAUCAAACGGUGUACCCCCAUCGGUUAGCAAACGUAUGAAACUACAAGUUCAUUUUCAUCCGUUGGUACAAGUGCCAAAUCAAUUGGUGGGCGCCCCGGUCUUGACAGAUGUUACUUUAAUUUGCAAUGUGGAGGCCUCUCCGAAAGCCAUCAAUUAUUGGCAAAGAGAAAACGGCGAAAUGAUAAUUGCUGGAGAAAGAUAUGUAUUAACUGAGAAGGAAGUCAAUAUGUACGCCGUCGAAAUGAUUUUACAUAUCAAGCGUUUGCAAUCAACUGAUUUUGGUGGCUAUAAAUGCAUAUCGAAGAAUAGCAUUGGGGACACCGAAGGCACAAUACGUUUAUACGAGAUGGAGCGUCCCGGCAAGAAAACGCACAGAGAUGAGGAUCUCAAUGAAGUUACGAAAAAUGAAAUUGUUCUUAAAGAAAAUAGACAUGAAGACAGCGCACGCAAUCAAAACGGUCGUCUGUAUAAGGAGCGCGGCUCUGAUGCUGGCAUUUAUGGCAGUUAUGCAUCACAUACACCCACCAAACAAUGGGAGCUUGUCAAAUUAAUAACAAUGUCAACAUUAAUAGCACUGUUGACAUCAACACGCAAUCUAUUCUUAUUACUGCUACCAUUAUCGUCAACAAAUGACAGCAAUCAACGCAGCAAUAAUGACAGAGAAAGGAGAAAAACUAAAAGUCAUUUAAAUAUAAAUGCGAGUUAAUAGGCCAAUCAAAGGCAAAACUAUGUAAUUAAUCAAAAUAAAUGAUUGCAACAAUUAAAUUUAAAAUGUAAUAAAACGAUGAUAACAA